AUGGCGCAGAGUCUCGAUACCAGGCCAACAGUGGUGGACUUCCGCGACGAUAGCCCGUGGGUACAGCUGGCCAAGGCCCACUGGUCCAACGUGAAAGUCCGCAAGGCCAAACCAGAUGUCAUCAAGAAGCAAUUGUACGAUCCUUUGGAGGCAGAGGGCUUCAACAGUCGCACGCUCUUGAUUCUGGAAAAUCUGAAUGUUCUUGAGAAGUACUUGUGGCCGACCUACACUGAGGAUGCUUCGAAUCACCAUGUCCUAUUGAUCGCCUUGAUUGUCAGUGUCAAGCAUCGCGAGCAUUUGCCAAUAUGGGAUAUCUUCUCCGACCGUGCCGACGAUUUCUCGAAUCUUUUCCACCGAAUCCUGUCAAUGAGCAUUGAUCACUCUCUUCCGACUCGCUCUAGACUCGCCAUCAUAUCUUUUGUUAUCAGUGCUUUCCAGUCCCUCGAGAAUGUCCUUAUUAGGAAAGAAUGUGCUCCUCUGGUUUCUAUCGCGAUCUGGCACAAUUUGGCUAGCGAUGAGACAAGAGACCGCAUCAUCGCCAAGGCACCUACCUUGAAAAAGGCAUGGAGGGCCUCCGGGAAGCGCUACGACGCUGGAGAUGAAGCUACCAAAGCUAAGAUGCGCUUUGAGCGCUCAUGGCUGUACACCAUGCUUCUAGAUUUCUUACAAAGGUUGAAUGGUCCUGAAAAGGAACAGACCGAGAAUCUCUUGUACUGCGAACGCUUUCUUGAGCUCUUAGUCGACCUUGAAAGUCAGCUUCCCACACGGCGAUAUGCGAAUACACUCUUGAAGGAUCUCAAUCUUUUGUCGACCAUUCGCCUUUCUCAACUAUACCGCGCACCUGAAAACGCUCUCUUCCGCGAUUUCCAUAGCCUUCUGAAGCACUUUGUCGAAUUUGCGAUUGACGAUUACUCUGGCGAGGCCCUCUCUCCGCGGGGAGUUUACGAUUUGCAUUGCCAGGAAUUAGCACAAUUGCAAAGGACCUCUAUGAAGUUCUUCAAAGACAAACUCACUAUUCUAGCACUUUCCAACCUCGGAUCAAUCGAGCAGCGCUCUGACUUGGAGGGACAGCUCUCGUCUCUGGAUGAAGCAGAACUCCAGAGUCUGUGCAAUCACCUUGGAUUCCGCACAAGCUAUCCAAAAUCCGCGAAUAUCAACCCAGACCGUCAUUUCUACCUGGAAGUAUUGGGCUCUUACUAUGAGCGUAAAUUACCAUUCCAGGAGGCAGUCGAAAAGAUGAGCCCACUGCCUACGGAGGAAAAUCUAUACGAUCCGGCACUGUUGAGGAAUGAGACCUACGAUGGAUCAAGGCCUUUGGCUAUUCCAAAGUUGAACCUUCAGUACCUGAGUCUGGGAGACUUCCUAUGGCGCUCGUUCUUGCUGUACCGCUCGGAAGCAUUUUUCCAAAUUCGCAAAGACAUGGAGUCUGUGGUUAAACGUAUGCAGCCAAAGGCAUCCCGUGAUGGAACCUUGAACUUUGAGGGCUUUUCUCGAAUGGCUAUCCCAAUCUCCAAGCCUGCUAUUAUUGACGUCGCACCUCCAAAAGUUGGCGCAACAAACCCGGCGUUUGUUCGUGCAGAGAUUGCUAUUGAGGUAGGAAGACUUGCAGACAGCGUGAGGAAAGAAUGGGACUCACUUCGUCCCGACGAUGUUGUGUACCUGUUAGCCGUUCAGAACAGCCCUACUCGACUCGAAGAGAAUGGAUCUGAUACCCCUCGGAUGAUCCAUUUAAGAACGGCCGAAAUUGUUCAAGUGCUCGACGAACAAGGCCGCGCACUGCGUCAGCAAUCUGGUCAGCCCAAUGGUCACCAAUCUCGACCCCGUAUCAGGAAACUGAUUGUUCACUUGGAUGCUGCUGCAUUCAAGGCUGACAAGGAUCAACAAGCCCACGGCAAACCUGAUAUUUACCCUAUGAUCAACGUGGUUGCCCGGAGAAAGGGCAGAGAGAAUAACUUCAAGUCAAUUCUUCAAACAAUGCAAAAACUUAUUGUGUCUGAUAUGACACUUCCCUCUUGGCUCCAGGACAUCUUCUUGGGCUAUGGCGACCCGGCUGGUGCGAAGUACACGCAGCUUCCAAACAAACUCCAGACUGUGGACUUCCGAGAUACUCUCUUAGACUGGAGUCAUCUGGUUGAAAGCUUCCCCGGAAUUGAACCCUCGGCCGCUGAGAACUCGAGCUUCGGCCCACCAUACGUUCUUGAGUAUGUUGAUCAGCAGCCAGCGGCGGAACCCCCCGCACCCAAAAAGCGACGCCGCGAGCAAGCCCAGGAGGCAGAAUUGGCUCCCAGUGCUAUGCGCGUUUCUACAUACAAGCCGCCCAACCCUGGUCCUUACCCUGUGGAUGCACCUAAGCUGAACCAAGUGCGAUUUACUCCUGCUCAAGUUGAAGCGAUUGCAUCUGGAACUCAGCCGGGAUUGACCGUGAUCGUGGGUCCUCCUGGUACUGGAAAGACUGAUGUUACGACACAAAUCAUCAACAAUAUUUACCAGAAUUUCCCCAAUGAGCGAACAUUGCUCAUCGCGCAUAGCAACCAGGCUCUCAAUCAGCUCUUCCAGAAGAUUGUCGCUCUUGACAUUGAUGAGCGCCAUUUGUUGCGUCUGGGCCACGGCGAGGAAGAGCUAGACACCGAGUCCAACUACAGCAAACAUGGACGUGUUGAAUCUUUCCUUGACAACCGCAAUUAUUAUCUUUCAGAAGUGAUGCGCUUGGCUGCAUCGCUUGGGGUUGAGGGUGCUCAUGGGAACUCUUGUGAGACUGCAGGAUAUUUCAACACAGUCUACAUUCAACCAACGUGGGCCAAGUUCUGGGAUCGAGCCAACUCUGAAGAGGUAUCGACCGAGGACAUUGUUGCCUCAUUCCCAUUCCAGUCAUACUUUGCAAAUGCUCCCCAGCCUCUCUUUGAAGCAGGAGCUGCGAAGGAAGCGAUCGUUGACACUGCUUCGGGUUGUCAACGUCACAUUGCUCGGAUCUUCUCCGAGCUAGAGGAUAUCCGACCAUUUGAGAUUUUGAGACAACCUCGCGACAAGGCAAACUAUCUAUUGAUCAAGGAGGCUCGCGUUGUUGCAAUGACUUCCACACAUGCAGCCAUGCGUCGGCAAGAAAUCGCCGAUCUAGGCUUCCAUUAUGACAACGUGGUUAUGGAAGAAGCCGCGCAGAUUACUGAAGUCGAAAGUUUCAUCCCCAACGCUCUGCAGAAUAUGAAGAACGGCGAACUUCCCCUUAAGCGUGUUGUUCUCUGCGGUGAUCAUUAUCAGAACUCCCCCGUCAUCCAGAAUAUGGCAUUCCGUCAAUACGCCCACUUUGAGCAGAGUCUCUUCUUGCGACUGGCCCGCCUGGGCGUGCCUGUCAUCAAUCUCGACAAGCAAGGCCGUGCACGAUCGAGUAUUGCAGAGCUCUUCCGCUGGCGGUAUAAGGAACUUGGUGAUCUCCCAGUUGUCGAGGCUGGUGAGUAUCAGCAGGCGAAUGCUGGUUUCCAGUUCGACUACCAAUUCAUCAAUGUCCCCGACUAUCAAGGAUCUGGAGAGCGUGAGCCAACUCCUCAUUUCAUCCAGAACCUCGGUGAAGCGGAGUACGCCGUGGCCUUGUAUCAGUACAUGCGCCUGCUUGGCUACCCUGCUUCCAAGAUCUCGAUCUUGGCGACGUAUGCUGGGCAGACCGCUCUGAUCCGUGAUGUUUUGAGUCACCGCUGCGGCAAGAAUCCCAUGUUUGGAAUGCCCAGGAUUGUUACCACGGUAGAUCGGUACCAAGGAGAGCAGAAUGAUUACGUCAUCCUCUCUCUCACUCGUACCCGCAGUGUUGGAUACCUGCGCGAUGUGCGUCGUCUGACUGUCGCCCUAUCCCGUGCUCGUUUGGGUCUUUACAUCCUCGGCCGCCGAGAGGUGUUUGAGUCUUGCUAUGAGCUCAAACCAGCCUUUGAUCUUCUUCUACAGCGUCCUGAUAAGCUCAUGCUGGCACCUGGUGAGAUGUUCCCAACCACCCGGGCUGCUGAUACCUCUGUUGAAGGUACUCCGAUGGAAAACGUUGAGCAUCUUGGUCAGUAUGUGUUCGAAAUGACUCAGGCUAAGGUGAAGGCCAUGGGUGACGGUGAUAUCACUAUGGAUACAGUGCCUGAGGGCGAGGAAGGCCUUUUGGAUGAAGAUGAGGCUAUGGGUGUUGAAGACGACCAUGCGGAUGAGGACUUUGUAUGA